UAUUGCCUUUGUUCAUAACGAGGAACUUUGCUCCCACUCCCCACUCUGCUGCUGCUGACUUGGAAACCAUUUUUCUAUUCUUUCUCCUUGUUGUUUACUAGAAUAUGGGCGAUGCAUACUCACAUACUUACAUGUGGGUUUGGUGCUGGUGGUCACGAGUUUGAUGAAAUUUGAGGUAUUUGGGAAAGGUCCCUUUUGCAUUUUCUUUCUUGGGAGGUAUAAUGGCUGAAGAUAUAUGUCUCUUCACCAAGGUUUCAUGUGAGUUCAGGAAGGCCUUAUCAUAAAACCACCUAAGAAAUCUCCAGCUUCUCUGAGGAUAUUAGUCUUGGUAUUUGCCAUGGUCUGUGGUGUUUAUAUCUUCUCAUUCUGUUUAAAGCAAACUAAUGUUCACACAAGUUCCAAAUUCCUAAAUCUUAAAGUUAAUUGGAGGCAUUGCCAUGGUCACAGUAUUGAUAGAUCUCAAACUCCCUACUUGCACUAUCCCAAACCCACCACCUUUAGCAGGGCUGAAUGUGCAUGUAAUCCUGUGCGGCCUUUUGCCAUUCUGUCCAUGCAAAGAUCUGGAAGUGGAUGGUUUGAGACUCUCUUGAACAACCAUACUAAUGUUAGCUCCAAUGGAGAAAUAUUUUCCGUGAAAGAGAGGAGAAAUAACGUUUCCUCAAUCUUGUCAACUCUGGAUAGAGUUUACAAUUUGGACUGGGUUUCUAGUGCUUCCAAGAAUCAAUGCUCAUCUGCAGUCGGCUUCAAGUGGAUGCUGAAUCAGGGAUUGAUGGAGUACCAUAAAGAAAUUGUUGAGUACUUCAAUGAUAGAGGUGUUUCAGUAAUAUUUCUCUUCCGAAGAAAUCUGCUGCGUCGAAUGGUUUCAGUGCUUGCUAAUUCUUAUGAUCGAUAUGCUAAACUCCUGAAUGGAAUGCACAAGUCCCAUGUUCACUCACAUGAAGAGGCUGAUAAGCUUUCUAGCUAUAAACCCAUAAUCAAUUCAACAUCACUGGUAAUGGAUUUAAAGCAAAUGGAGAAGAUGGUCUUGGAGGCAUUGGAGCAUUUCAGCAGCACUAGGCACAUCAUUCUCUACUAUGAAGAUCUCAUCAAAAAUCGAACUAAACUGGUAGACGUGCAAGAGUUUCUAGGGCUGCCGUUAAUGGAGUUAAAAAGCCGACAGAUCAAGAUACACAAAGGAUUGUUGUUGGACCACAUUAAGAAUUGGGACGACGUUACCAAAGCUCUCAGAGGAACAGCUUAUGAGAGUUUCCUCCACACUGACUACGCUAGUUAGAGGCCAUUGAUGGUUGCAGAUGCGGACCAACUUACUCUUUCUGGAAGCUUUUGAUCAUCCACUAGAUCAAUCAAACAUUGAUCUCGACCAUCUUCCCUUCCCUAGCCAAACUUCAUUCAAGGCCCUGCAUCUCUUGUAGUCUUCUUCUUCAACUUUCUAGUUUUGGUCUUUCUGAGCAUACAAGAAACUGUAUAGCCCGCUGUAACUUAUGUGUAGACAUUGCCAAUCUGGAAGCAGUUUUUGGCCCAUUUAUGAUUUACACUCUCCUGAUGAUUUCCGCA